AUGGAAUCCCUAAUUAGACUGAGAGGCGCUGCUAAGAGCAGGUUUACAAGAAUUCAGGAUUGGUUUAACAGAAAUGUAGAUUUAGUUACUGAAGUUCAACAAUUCGAAACUCGAUUAUAUGCAGUCGAUUUAGCUUUUGAAAAGUUUUGUCAAAUACAGGAAAAAAAUGAUCAAACGAAUGAUGUAACUGAUGAAAUAGAAAGAGGCAUGUGUGAGGAUGCAUACUAUGACAUCUCGUCCAAAUUAAAACCUAAAACCGAUUAUUUAAAAAAUGAUUCACCUGUUGCAGUAACUAACCCGACAAUAUCUCACAUACAGCGACUGCAGCUUAAUAUUCCUGUCUUUUCCCGAGAUAUUACCACUUGGCAUGGCUUUUAUGAAUUAUUUAAAAAUUUUAUCGAAAAUGACACAAGUUUAUCUAAUAUAGGGAAACUGAUAUAUCUUAAAAGCUAUUUAAAGGGCCUUAUUUUCAAUCUACAACUGGCUGGGGACAAUUUCAAUGUAGCACUCAACAUUCUAAAGGGCAGAUACGAUAACGAACUCAAUAUAAUUUAUGCCUAUAUUAAAAACUUGAUAGAAGCACCUUCAACAAGCAAAGGCAAUUCAACAUCUUUGAGAGAAUUGGUCACCUUUUUAAAACAAAAUAUGGAAGGUCUAAAAAAUCUCGGCGUCAAUGAAGACCAAUGGGAUUACAUUACUUAA